CGCGGAGGGGAGCAUUCACACCCCGCUGUCGGCGUUUAGCGGAUGGAGCUCUCAGUCUAAGUCUGACCCGAAGGGAGGGAGGAGGAGAAGAUGAACGGUAACCCGUGCGCCCGCAGGCUGGCCCGGCGCUCCAGGUCCGCGCUGCUGCUGGUCGCCGCUCUGGCCGUCCUGCUGGUCCAGACUCUCAUCGUGUGGAACUUCAGCAGCCUGGACUCUGCUGGCGGGGACGGAGGCGCCAGGAGCCGUGAGAAGAGAGAGGACCGAACCGGGGGGCUCAACAAAGCCGACAGGGAGCACCCGCGGAGGGGGCUGCAGAAGAGGGGCGAACCGCCACCGCUGGUCGGGAAGGCGGCCGCUCAGCAGCAGCUGCAGGCGGAGGUUUACCACUCGCACCGCCCCAAAGAGAAAGUCCGCCUGGACAGCAACAAUAAUGAGAACUCGGUCCCCAAAGACUUUGACACCAUCGACAGCAACAGCAACCUGGGGGCCCGAUCACAUAGCCAGCGAGUGCCAGUCGGAAAUGCCAAACGUAAGCUAGAAAAGAGCCAAGCGCAAAGCAUGCUGGGAAAAUCUGCCAACGAGGUCCUCAAGUACCCUCCCAUCCAACCGAGAGUGCUGGGCCACAAUCGCAACCACACCCACAUCCGUAAAGCCCACCCCAAGCUGCCAACGGUUGCAGCGCCGGCUCAGGGGUCCAAUCCGGAUUCACCGUUCUACCAGACCAAGAAGCCGGCUUCUCCUCCGCUGCCGCCUGGUCUGGAGGUGAGGAAGGAGCAGCUGCAGUGUGAGAUCAGCGGUAAAGAAGCCAUUUCAGCUCUUUCCAGAGCCAAGAGCCGGGAGUGCCGGCAGCAGAUAGUAGAGGUGUACUGCAAACACAAAGAGGGGACGCUGAUGCCCCAGAAAGUUCCUCGCUACUGCCCCGCAGAAGGUAAAGCUAAUGUGAACGUACAGUGGGACGAGGACGCCUCCGAUGCUUCUCCGCCCGUACGGAUCGCCUUCGUCCUGGUCGUCCACGGCCGAGCCUCGCGUCAGUUCCAGCGUCUCUUCAAAGCCAUCUACCACACCUCACACUACUACUACAUCCACGUGGACCAGAGGUCCAACUACCUCCACAGAGAGGUGGUGUCUCUGGCCAGCCGGUAUCCAAACGUGCGGGUGACUCCCUGGAGGAUGGCCACCAUCUGGGGCGGGGCCAGCCUGUUGACCAUGUACCUACGCAGCAUGGAGGACCUCCUCAGAAUGGCCGACUGGUCCUGGGACUUCUUCAUCAAUCUCAGCGCUGCAGACUACCCCAUCAGGACCAACGAGCAGCUGGUGGCUUUCCUGUCCAAAUACCGCAACAUGAACUUCAUCAAAUCUCACGGCAGAGACAACGCGCGUUUCAUCCGUAAACAGGGCCUGGACCGUCUCUUCUACGAGUGCGACACCCACAUGUGGCGUCUUGGAGAUCGAAAGAUCCCAGAGGGCAUUUCUGUGGAUGGAGGCUCUGAUUGGUUCCUGCUCAACAGGCGCUUUGUGGAUUAUGUGGUCAACUCCAGGGACGAGCUGGUCGGCAGCAUGAAGCGUUUCUACGCCUACACGCUGCUGCCCGCCGAGUCCUUUUUCCACACCGUGCUGGAGAACAGCGCCCACUGUGAGACCAUGGUGGACAACAACCUGAGGCUCACCAACUGGAACCGCAAACUGGGAUGUAAGUGCCAGUACAAGCACAUCGUGGACUGGUGCGGCUGCUCGCCCAACGACUUCAAGCCCUCAGAUCUGCCACGCUUCCAGCAAGCAUCCAGACCCACCUUCUUCGCCCGGAAGUUUGAGGCCAGCGUCAGUCAGGAGAUCAUCAGCCAGCUGGACGCCUACCUGUUCGGAGCUCUCGCCUCGGGAACACCGGGUCUGCAGGCCUACUGGGAGAACAUCUACGAGGCAGAGACAGACGGACCCGCAGGACUGUCGGACUCUGCGCUCACCCACUACCACGCCUUUGCUCGUAUGGGACUGUCCCGCGCUGCCAGCUCGCUCCAGGGACAUCCCAGCGACAACAGCUGCAGGUACGUCGGCGUGAGUCACCCGGUGUCUGUGCACCUUUACUUCCUGUCCGACCAGUACCAGGGUUACCUGGUCCAUCAUGUGGCUACCAACCAAGCCUCUAACCAGUUGGAAACCCUGGAGACCUGGGUAGCCCCCAAAGACCACUUCACCCUGACCAGCUCUCCACAUGCCGCUAACAGGCUCCAACACAUCCAGGUGGGGACCGACUGGGAUCCUAAGGAGCGUCUCUUCAGGAACUGGGGGCGUCUCCUGGGGCCCGAGGACGAGCCGGUGGCCGUGCAGCGCUGGAGCCGGAGCCAGAGCAACCUGACGGCUACGAUUGUCUGGAUCGACCCCACCAACGUCAUCGCCGCCACCUACGACAUCCUGGUGGACGCCUCCGCUGAGGUCACACACUACCGGCCGCCUCUCACCUCCCCGCUGAGGCCCGGCAUGUGGACACUGAGGGUGCUGCACCACUGGAGCCCGCUGGGCCAGACCAGCUUCAUCGUAGCUCCUCUGGAGUUUCACAGGCAAAGGCCGAUACAGCAAGAGGACGCUCUGCGGCUGCACGGCGGACCAGCCAAGAACUCCUACAUGGAGCAGAGCUUCCACGGCCUCAACCCGGUCCUGCAGCUGCCGGUGAGCCUGGGCGCUGUCGAGGAGGCCGAGGCCAACGCCAGUCUGACGGGGGCGCCGUUGCGUCGCUGGCUGGACGGGCUGCUGGAGGGCUACUGGUCCGCCUCAGACGUCUGCUCGAUGGGCCCCAGCGCCUGUCCGGUCAUGCAGCGCUGCCGCCUCACCGCGUGGAGCUCCGCCAGCCCCGAUCCGAAAUCCGAACUGAGCCUGCCUAGAGAGGACGGGCGGAUAAGGUAGCAGGCGGACGGACUGAGGGAGGAUGAGGCGAGGGAAAAUGAAGGAAAACACGGGGCUGACGUCCCGUUUGUGUCCAGUAUUUAUUUAUUUAAAGUCUGUGGGCGUGAACAGAGAGGACAGAUGGAGCAUCAGAGGGAACAGUGGGAAGAGACACUGAGGAAAAUCUUCUCCUUCAGUCCUCAUUCGGUCUGCUCUCACUUUUAUUUAGGACUGUGCGUGCUCGAGUGAGUGAGUGAAAGUGUGUUAAGAGUGUUCGAAGAACUUUAUACCUCUUGUUGUACGAGUGUCUCCCUGAGUUUAGGGUCACAUGCUGAAAACAGACGUGGUUGCUCGUUCUUUAGGCCCAUUAUUUAAAAACUACAACGUAAACCUGAAUCAAGCCUCUAAGGAUCACCGCAGAAUGAGAUUUCUCCACGCUACUAGUUUAAAACCCAAAAUCAGCCUCUUAAAAAAUAAAAUCUGAUUUUUUUUUUUCUUUUUGGCUCUGUGUGACGUCAGUGAGAAAGGAUAUGCACAAAGCCUGUGAGAUAAACAGAUUAUUUUGAACACUGAAUCAUGCAAAUGGAGUCCAAGAAUAAAAAUAUAGAGCUGGAAGGGAGCAGAACAGCCCACUUUAAAGCACAGUAUGUGAUUUCUGAAAGCUUUUUUUUAAUGUCCUGUUGAGCUGGAAAAAUUUCCGUGUUUUUUCUUCUUUAAAAAGGAAAAUCGGUUUAAGUAAAAUUUAGAAAUAUUUAACUAAUAACUGCUGACAUUUAACUGUAAAAAUGUUCUUUUUUUACAUCAAUGCCGUGUCUGUAUGAAUCAUCCACAGAAGCAGCUGCCAGUAAGAAUCAGCUGUAGAUGGAAAUCCCACUGCAGCGACGGUAUCAAUGAUUUUCCCUUUAACCACCUUUCCAGAGAUAAUGAGCCUAAAAUCAGUUCUCAGCAACCACAGAUGUUCUCUCACAGAGCCAGUUGGGUAUCAGGGGAAAUUAUGAUUAAUCUUUUAAAGUGCUAAUUUAUGGACAGAAUAUAUUUAAUGAGUUUUCUUAAGUUGUUCGGGCUCUGUGUGCGAUUCGUGUUUUCUUGCUGUGCCAUGUCUGAAUCCCUCAGACUUGAAGUGAGACGUCCGCUGUGCUGGAAGAGAUCCGCGUCCUCUUUCCUUUAAUCUGCACACAUUAAAAAACGACAAACUUUCUGCUGUACAAACGGCUACCCGACUAACUUAUUCAAAACUUUUUCUUUUUUUGUUUGUUUUUUUACAUAAAUGGGACCAAAGCUGGAGCCCAGCAGCUCUGAAUGAGUUUUAAGAGUCUCUGAGCGUGUGGGGCGUGAACAGGACGUGUCGGUUCCACGCAGGUCUGUGAGGGUUACAUUUAUUUACCGUUACAUUAAGCGGCCGUAAUGUGUUGAAUUUAAAACCUCUGCAGUUUAAUACCAAAUUCAACUCAUUUAUUUUUUCUAUUCAAAUCCAAACCUAAUUUGAAGAUUCAGAGCCAUUUUUACAUCCGGUGUGUAUUUUUCAUAUAUCGAACGAAUCUAUGUAAAGCUGUAUUUUGUAAAAACCUGACAGAUGAUGUACAGUUUUUAAGUUAAUGAGUAUUAAGAUGCAGAUGUUUGGACUGUGACGGUGUCGCAGAAGUGGUGACGUUGUGUGAAAACGUUCCUGAGAUGUUCUGACUCUGGAGGACGGUCCCAGCCGAGGGCGUCCCGCUGUGCUUCGCCGCGGCUCCGUCCGUAUGUCCGCCCAGCCUGUUCCUUCGUCUCCUCUUUAUCGUCGUCUCUCGCUGGGAGCUGUGCUGCUGUGCCUUAGCUGUUCUCCUGUCUUUAGGAAACCCUCCUGAAAGCGUCUGUAAUGUCUAAAAACUGAAAAAUUAAAGACAAAGAUUUGUUGUGAAUGCCUUAUAAAUGAUCUCGGUGGUUUUAAAGUACAAUUUCUAAAAAAUAAAAACAAUCUCCUUUUAGUUUGUGUCGGACCUCAUGUCAUACGUUCAUGUGACCCAGAGUCGGUGCAGCUUUGUAUUUACUAAUGUUUUUCAUUUUCUUUUGGUUUUUAAUUCAGUUAUUUUUAAAGUCUUUUUAAUAAUGUAUGGAGGGCGUGUGUCAGACACCAGAUUUAGGAAAAUCAGAGCUGUUACAAUAAAAAAUAAAAACUGUUACAUUUUCUGUCUGUUAACAUCCAGAGUCACACAUCCAUCAACACCUCAUCAGGAAAAUUUUCAUAUGUUUGACAAAGUUAUUACAACUAACGAUAUUUACUGUUUUGUUUUUUUUUUAAAAAUUGUUUUCUAAGUCACAAGAAUUGUUUCAAUUUUACAGACUAGUUUUAUUUUAACUAUUUUUUUCCAGUCUAGUCUCAGUUGAACAUAAUGGCCUUGAAUUGAUCUUCAGUAAAAUCAGGAUUUGAGGCUUGCUGAUUGAAAACACUUAUAGAUCUGCGUUGCCCUGUGGAGGCAGGGCGGAAUGGCAGAAAUGAUUAUCUGCCUCUUAACUCGGCCUACAAUCAGAACUACAAUUCCUCUUCCAGGUACGACACUUCAUCAUCAUCCUCAAAUUCACCACCACUGAUACUAUUACUGCUGUACUACAGAAGCCAAGAUAAAAAUCCUCUCCCCGCCAGAGAUGACCUGAUUUCUCAGGAUCCAGAAGGAUGUGCUGAUCCUGAUCAAACUGUUUCCUUAUUUGUAUUUUGUCAGUUUGUCUAAAAAAAUAAA